CAGUGGGCGGACUUGGUGAACGGCCCCGCAAGGGAGCUGUACGGCCGGACGUCGCGGGCGUCGGACUUGAAGGAGGCGUUGCCGGUGCCCAUGCGGGAUUUGGUGGAGAUUGUGUCGCGGGUGCAGAUAUCAAAUGCAAAAAUGUCGGGGUCUGGAAGAUUCUGAAACUUGUCAUGCACGUUUUGGAUGAGCCAUGAUGUCUGUGAUGCAUGCCCUAGCAUCCCAGGUUUUUUGAGGGAUUCUUGAUGCCUAUUCCGCAUGACAGAUGCCCUCUCCGCGUAGCAGAAAUUGGAUUCCUUUUGCUGCUCAUGCAACACAAAUUUUUUAGACAUCCAAAUGCAGCAUCACAAGUUGCAUUCUUCCAGAUCCAGAUAUUUUUGCAUUUGAUAGCAGAAGUCCCUCGCGGCCCUGGUGAUGUUCGACAUGCAGGAGAUGCUGCUCAAGGGAGGCGGGUGGCCAUUAAAGGAAGUCGCUGAGAUGACAUGUAGUUCAUCUUCAGGGGAGGCCGCGUCGGAGGGGGCAGGAGAUGUUCUCGAAGAGGGUGAAAAUCCAGCGACAACCGCGUAUGGUGGAACAAGUGCGCUGUACUCAAACUACUACCCAAGAAAGAGCGAUCACAAUAUUAACGCAUCAACAGCGGAACAAGAACAACACGAACAGCCAGGACAAUCAGAUCAAAAUAUCCAACAUCUUGAAGUAGAAGUACAAGUAGAUCAACAUGACGAAACGAAA